AUGGUUCGGUUACCUGCUAUGCUGGGCAAGUUGGCUUCUCGACUUGCCAACCGCCACUUCAUCUUCACAUUCUCAGUCUUGGCCAUCCUGGCAGCCAAGCUCUCACAUAUCCACAGCCAUCGCAAUGCCGUCGCUACCUCUCGAUUACUUACCUUUUUCGGUACAUUCUUUAUCCAAGAUAUCGUCCUUCUUGUUAUAAUACGACUCCUCCUCGAACCUCCUCUUACAGCAAAAAUCGCACAAUACAUAACCGCUACCCUUGCUGGGCUCCUAAUCGUAUACAAUGUCGCACUCGCCGUCGUCUCCGUUACAUUUUACCUCGUCGCCGGAUCCGAAAUUCACUGGCAGAACAUCAACAUGGUCUCUGACCCCACGUCAAGAGCGAUCUUCCUUUCUGGCCUUGUCACUAUGAUCCUGGUCCUGGCAGCGCUACUGUUAGUCAGCUGGCUACUACAGGAUGUGCUCUAUGCAACCUUCGGAUGGGGUGCCGAUGUCGUGUCUUUCCCCUUCUUAUUCGCUGGAAGAGCCGCCAAUCGUCUGUUGAGAAAGCGAAACAUUUACGGCCGAAUCCCUGAGCCUGAAGCCGAAUUCGACAACCGAUAUUCCGACGGUGACGAUGAUCUAUCUCGAGACUCGAUUGACUAUGCAAAGUCGCAAAACUCAUACUCCCGCCUGUCACAGCGCAUGCGCAAAGUGUGUGGUGUCAACAUGCAGCCUUCGACCGUGAAACGUCUCUUUCAUAGCAUUCCUUAUCUGUCUUGGCAUGUGUUUAUCUUCGCCAUGUUUGUCAUGUCUCUCGAACGACCCAGUGAUCGAUCCCUGACUUUCCUUUCUUGGACUGCUGGCCUUCUCCCAUUCGUCGACAUGUCUUCCACCUCGCCUCUACUGGACCAGCUACCAACACACUUCAAAGUCGGCAUCCAACAUGAGUGGGAUGAACGAUCAGCUGUCGCCGAACCACCCAAGUUCAGCUGGCUACCCAAGGGUAAGCCUCUGGCUGGUUUCGAGGAUUGGUACGCUUCAGACGAGAUGCACUACUCUGCCGCUUCGGAUCCUACCAAGAUCUCGAAUCUCAACGAACCUUUACUGGAGGAGCUCCGUGGUAAGCUUCAGGAUGUUCCUGUGAAGCAUGUGAUCAUGUUCCUGCUCGAAAGCACCCGAAACGACGUCUUUCCUAUUAAGAAGGACGGCCCUCUUUGGAAUCGCUUCCAGGACUCGUACCCUAACAAGAAGAUUCCUCGAGAUGCUUUGGAAAGAAUGUCUACCUUGAUGCCCACCGCCAAUUACAUCACAGGCGACUACGACGACGGUUUCAAGCAUAAGAAGACCCCAAAGCGAGGUGGUCCCCGAUUCACAAACGCUUAUACCUCUGCAACCUACACUCUCAAAAGUCUCGAGGGAACAAUCUGCGGCUUGAACCCUCUCAUCGCGGACUUCAACCUCGACUACAAGCGCCAUAUCUACCAGCCAUGCCUCCCUCACAUCUUCGACGCCAUGAACAAGGCCGACCCGGCUUCCUCAAAAUGGAAGUCCUACUUCUUCCAAACUGCUACGAUCCACUACGACAACCACGAUAAGCUCAUGGCAGCUAUGGGAUUUCCUGAGGAGAACACGAUUGAUAGAGAUUAUCUUCGUGACGAAAAUGCAACACACGGAGCGGUUGAGCUGGAGGACAUCAACUACUUCGGCUUCCAAGAAGAUCCUCUCGAGGACUACAUCCGGGAUGCGUUUGUGGAUGCUGAGAAGAACGAUGGUCGAGUUUUCCUUACACAUAUCACCAGCACAAGUCAUCAUAGCUACGGGCUACCUGCCAACGAAACAUCUGUCCCUCUGGGUUCAGGAAAGGAGAUCAAGGAGCUUUCUGACUACGCGAAUGCUGAGGGUUACGACGAUAAGUGGAUUAAGAAGGUCCUGGACCUUCUUGACGAACAGGGUGUUGCAAAUGAGACUUUGAUUGUCUUCCUUGGUGAUCAUGGUGUCUCGCUGGUUGAGAACAACAAGGCAUCGCCUUAUUAUAACCCCAGCGUUGGAGCAGACCAUGUACCUCUAGUUUUGUCUCACCCUCUUCUGCCCUCAUUCGAUGUCAACGAUGCAGUCCACUCUACCCAGGUUCUACCCACCAUCCUCGACAUGCUUCUUGAGACAGGCUCGCUGAAAGGUGUCAGCCGAGAAGCCGCAGAGUCAUUACUACCAAAUUACGAGGGCCAAUCUCUCCUAAGACCCUUGCAGACAAGCAACAACGAAACAGGUCAAGGAUAUUGGCAAUUUACUGUUGUCAACCCUGGCCGAGCUAUGCUCAACAUUCGUGAUGCUCGCCACCCCGAGCGUCAUUUGACAAUUCCCCUCAUCGACAACGUUGAGUGGAGAUUAAGUGACGUCUCUGUAGACCCAUUAGAGACUGAUGGAAUCCAAGCGUUCGACUUUGUGUCGUUCUUGGAAGCCGUCGAGGCGAGAUGGGGUGUUGAGUGGGCUGAGUGGGUGGAAGAAGGUGCCUUUAUGACAAGGUGGCAUGUGCAAGAUAACAGUAAGCGAUGGAGAUAUGAGAGAAAUCCAAAGGUCAGAGAGACAAAGGGCCAGUAA